AUGGAGAAUAUUUAUCCCACGAUCAGAUCUAUUGAAAUUGGGGAGGAAUUGGAGGAAUUUUAUAAAAUAAGAAAGAACUUUUUGAUAUUUACUGAAGCAGGUAAGCCAGUAUAUACUAGAUUUGGUGAUGAAAUGGUUAUGGCUCCAUUUUUUGCCACCAUGAGUGCUAUAAUCCCAAAACUUUAGAGUUACUUUUGGAACAAUAAUUAAAACGCAAAAGAGCAAAGUAAUAAAGUCAGGUGGUUGGAAAGCGAAAAUUUUUAAAUAGCAAUACUAAAGAAAGGAAAUUUCCUGUAUCUGUGUUUAUCAAACUAUGGAAAGGGCAAAUUUUUAGAUGAUGAUAUAACAAAGAAACCUGUAAAAUUUCUUAAAGCCAGAGAGACGUCUAGCUUUGUUCGAAAAUAAUUAGAAUUUUUACAUUUGCAGUUUGUAUCACUAAUGACUUCAAGUGUAAAUGCUUAAUUAACAAAGAGACCGAACUUAGACAUAAAGACAUCGAUUGCUGGUUUAGAGAGGACGCUUGAUAUGAUGUGUGAAAUUGGAGUUAAGAGUCCAUCAAUAUUUUUAGAGGCAUUUUAGCCUUUAAGGAUGCCAGAAAAUGUUCGCAAAGCAAUUGAGAAAGCUAUUGAAAUAAAUAAGCCUUAGAAUUUUGCUUGUGGGCUACUGGUAUCAGCUUUGAAUGUUAUUAGUUUGUUCUCAGACCCUACAUAGAUUGAUUACAUUAAACCUCAUGGUAUUGCUGAAGAGCAUAUAUUGUAUCUAUACAUCAACUAUGUUACACCAAAUGCAGGAAUUAUCAUUGUUUGCACAGAUCACGCCAGUGAAGUUUUCUUUGAAUGUAAAGUAUCAUCCGCUGCAAUAUUCAAAGAAAUAAGUGAAAGGGGAUUGCUAGAAAUAAUAGAUAAAUGUACUAUUUAGAUGUAUGAGCAAUUUGAUAUGAAAGAAAUUAAUAUGGUACUAAUAAGAAACAACCUAUUAAAUCAGUACACAACAUACAACUUCCCUUUGUUAACUAAAGUUAAUGAAAUGCAUCUUUAGUAAGUUAUCCAUCGCUUGAUUGAUUUAUAGAGCACUUCGAAUAUUCGAAAAGCUAUGGUCCCAGUAUGA